GUUUCCUUCCUUCUCUAUCCAUCCUGGGAUGUUGUGACUUUCAUUAGAAAAGUUUAUUGUAACUUUUUCAGUAAAAUUUGGUUUCUGUUUUGGUUUAUUUUGGUUUUCAACAGUCAACAUGGUUAUCCUGACUGAACAAAUGGUGGAGACAAAGUCAAAGGUCUCCGACAUUCACCGUGUUAUCAGUCUGAAUGCUUGUGGUAUCGAUCUGCAUGAUAUAUCGAUUCUACAGCGAAUGCCGCGAAUAGAGGUCCUGGUCCUCAGUGUGAACAAGAUCCGUAGCCUGGAAAGUCUUCAAAACUGCCUCCGACUCAAGGAGGUCUACCUGCGACGCAACGAGAUACCAAGCUUCGAUCAACUGAAACACCUGCGCAACGCCCAAGGGCUGAGAAGCCUCUCGAUGGGCGAGAACCCCUGCUCGGAAGCCGCAGGUGCCAACUAUCGCGCCUGCGUGCUACGCAUGCUGCCACAAGUCACAAAGUUGGAUGACGUUGAGGUGUGCGAGAGUGAGCAGACGGCGGCUUUCCAGAGCAUGCCGUAUCCGGCGCCGAAGAGCAAAAUCCGAGCCCCGAUACCAAGGUCGGUUACCAAUCCCAAGGGAACCGCUGCCAGGGCCUCUGGCGAGAACUUUGACAGGGAACGGAUGCAAGGCGAAUGCAGACCUCGAGCCACAGCCGGCCAGAAUCCAUUGGCACCAUUCGAAGAAUGUUCAGCUGAAGACGAAAUCCUCCUAUCUGUUCCUUCCCCACGGGAACAGAGACGAUUCGCGAGUGCCAGGGCCCUUCCCGACUGCCUCCGUGAACAUAGCCAGGACGUGAUACCCGCCGUCAACCAGGAGUCCACGAGAUUCGAAAAUCACUCCGGCCACUGGUUACCUUCUGAAUUUGCAGACCCCCUGCCGCUUUCCUGUCCAGCCGUGUCGCCUGUUCCUAGUUUCAUCGGGAUGAAUUCUCGGCCCUCAAUCGGUUCACCAUGCCGCGUUUUAGGGCUGAAACCACAGCUGCCGACCCAGGUGCGUUCCUUUUCGCCCAGUCGCGGCUGGGAGCCGUCGAAUCGUUUGUCCGUCGCCAGAGCACGGCACCGGAUGAGCCCGCAAACGACUUGCUGGCCUCUGGCAGAACCGAAGUUAUCCUUGGCACACCCGGGACCUCAUCUGUGGGUCUGCGUCGCUUGCGCACCAAUUCCAAUCUUCUAUCGUCGGCCCUGUGCCUGAUUCGAGAGAUGGACGGCCCAAGUCUGGAGGCUCUCAGUCAUGCCAUCAGUGAGAUGUUGCAGAAGCGUUCGCAUAUCCUCUAAACGCCAAUCAAGUUUUCAAGUCAGAUAGAUCCUGCAGUCCGGAAAUGGUUUCCUGGCGACUGCAUUCGCGACGAGUGAUGCCAGACCGUGACCUGAUGAGCCAGACGUAUAUCCAGAUAUAUUUAGAAUUAUUUCUCGGCCAUUAUCUUUCCAAAAUUCUCCGCUUUCGUAUAAUGGGAGAUUAUCCCUUUUUGGCUUUACAAAUAAACUAGUGGCAAAAUUCAAGCUA